UAGAUGAUACUUAAGGGACUAGUUUGAAUCUACCAACAAAGAUAAGGGGCGAUGUUUAUCAUUUUCUCGGCUACUAUCUGCUUAGUUAACGGAUCCUCCACCCAAAAUGUGACCCGCCGGCACAAAAUUGCUUUCUCGUCGCCAUUUCUGUGUGAGCUGGUACCAGGCUAGGGUCCUAUAAUGUGUGCGGAACAGCAUAAAGACCAACUGAAAGAGAUGGACUGGAAAACUUUGGGUGGAACCGAGAGUAGUGAGCCUAAUGUUGGACCAGCUGUGAAGAAACGGAUUCCAAAAAAGAUUCGACAAGUUCCUGAGUAUUAUUUUCUUCCGCGAAGAUCCUUACCGUACAACAUCGCCUUUUACGGGUCGUGUAUUGCUGCAGGUGUUGGUGCAGGGAUGCUACUCGAAGUAUGGAUCAACAAGAAGGUCAAAGAGGAUGGAGGAGUCAUAUGGGAGUUUGACAAAUGAACGAUGGGUUCUUUUCAGCUGUUUCGAUUGCUACCGCUUUUGCUCCAAGGAGUUCACCGGACAGAUGAAUAUCGUAACCAUUAGUACAGGACUAUAAAUCUUUCUUCUGCAUCCUGUUCAAUUUUGUAGGUUGUUAUCUUUCAGGAGCACUUGCGGAACAGAGAUGUCGAAUUUUAGAAAAUACUGCUGAAAUAUUAGGUCAUAUUUGCCUUAAUGGCUUGCUUAACCUUUGAAUAAAUGAGAGAGGUCAGGCAAGUGGCCUAAGAAUUCUCUUUCCUCUGCUUUAUUGAACAGUUAUAGUAGUAUUGAAUGUGGAGCAAUUGAAUAUU